UGUCGACCAAUUCAUAUCAUAAUAUUUUGAUCGUUAGAUUAUGGAACCAUGCAAACGGAAAAUGUGUUGUUUGCAGUUCUUUUGUUUCGUUUUGAUCGGUUUGUUCGCGUUGAAGACAUACGCGUCUUCUGGCACUGUAUUUUACGAGUCGUUUGAUGAAUCGUUUGAGGAGAGUUGGAUUGUGUCUGAGAAUAAAGACUAUUUAGGUGUAUGGAACCACUCAAAGAGCCUAGGCCAUGAUGAUUACGGGCUUCUGGUCAGCGAGCAGGCUCGAAAAUAUGCAAUCGCGAAAGAACUAAACAAGCCUGUAGAGCUUAACGACGGCACAAUUGUCCUACAAUUCGAAGCUCGCCUUCAAAAUGGUCUUGAAUGUGGUGGUGCAUACUUAAAGUAUCUUCGGCCACAGGAAUCCGGCUGGACACCAAAAGCAUUCGACAACAAAUCUCCUUACUCGAUCAUGUUUGGCCCGGACAGAUGUGGUGGCACAAACAAGGUCCAUUUUAUUAUAAACCACAAGAACCCCAAAACUGGAAAGUAUGUUGAACACCAUCUUAUUUCCCCUCCUUUAGUCCCUUCGGACAAAAUGAGCCACGUGUACACUGCGAUAUUGAAGCCUGAUAGCGAAGUAGUUAUCUUGUUAGAUGGAGUAGAGAGAAAGAAGGCUAACUUCAUGUCACCCGAAGCGUUUAGACCAUCGUUAAUCCCUCCAAAGACCAUUCCUGACCCGGAAGAUAAGAAGCCCGAAGAUUGGGAUGAUGAUAAAACUAUUCCCGAUCCGGAUGCAAAAAAGCCCGAAGAUUGGGAUGAAAACGCGCCAAUGGAGAUUUUGGAUGAAGAAGCGAAGAAGCCUGAGGGGUGGUUAGAUGAUGAACCUGAGGAAAUCGACGAUCCGGAAGCAGUGAAGCCGGAAGAUUGGGACGAUGAGGAGGAUGGUGAGUGGGAGGCUCCAAAGAUUGACAACCCGAAAUGUGAAAGUGCACCGGGUUGUGGUGAGUGGAAGAGGCCGAUGAAAAGGAACCCGGAGUAUAAAGGUAAAUGGUAUGCUCCACUUAUCGAUAAUCCGAAUUACAUGGGGGUUUGGAAGCCUCGUGAGAUCGCCAACGUUGAGUACUUUGAACUUGAUAAACCGAACUUGGAGCCUAUCGUUGCUAUUGGGAUUGAGAUAUGGACAAUGCAAGAUGGUAUUUUGUUUGAUAAUAUUUUGAUAGCAAGUGAUGAAAAGACUGCAGAAUCUGUUAGGGAUGCUACAUGGAAGCCAAAGUUUUUAGUUGAAAAGGCUAAUCUAAGAGAAGAGGAACAAGCAGCUAGUAUUGAUGGCCUCAAGGGUAUUCAGAAAUCUGUGUUUGAUGUCCUUUACAAGAUUGCUGAUCUACCUAUCUUGGGUGACCACAAGAUGAAGGUUGUGGAACUUAUUGAAGAGGCGGAGAAAAAACCAACUAUUAUAGUUGGAAUAAUAAUUUCUCUUGCUGUUGUCAUUGUUAGUCCCUUAUUGAAGAUCUUGUUAGCCAUCAAGAAGAAACCGGGGAAGGUAAACGCGGCACCAAAGAAGGAAGCAGGCAAGGUUACAACCACAGAGGUAGGGGAGGAUGCAAGCGCGCCUAAGAGGAGGAACACAAGGCGUGAUGGCUAAGCAUGUGAGCUUCACUUGUGGUAGAAUCGAGGAUUUAGUUUCGGCUCAAGAUUUAAUUGGUUUUACUAGCGGUUUUCUCUUUUUUACCAUCUAGACAAAUUCAUUAGGUUCUUAUGAAAAAUAAGAGUUGGACCGAGUUGUCGUUUGUAGAGGUCUCUCAAGCUUGUAUCAGUGGAUUCUUUUGCAAUGCUCGUGAGUUGUGACUUGCGCUAUA